UUGAGCUUCCUGAUCGCUCAGCUGACUCGAGAGGAAUCGUGUACACACAGGGAGUCAUGGCGGCGGAGAUCCACUCGAGGCCUCAGAGCUCCAGACCCGUUCUGCUCAACAAGAUCGAGGGCCACAGCGACGGCGUGAACGCGGCGGUGCUGAUCCCGAAGGAGGAUGGAGUUAUCACGGUCAGCGAGGACAGGACGAUUCGAGUUUGGCUGAAGCGGGACAGUGGACAGUACUGGCCCAGCAUCUACCACACUGUGUCCUCUCCGUGCUCCUGUAUGUCAUAUCACCACGAGAGCAGGCGGAUCUUCAUAGGCCAGGACAAUGGGGCUGUUGUGGAGUUCCUCAUCUCAGAAGACUUCAACAAAAUGAGCCAUGUCAAAACAUACCCAGCUCAUCAGAACCGUGUGUCGGACCUCAUCUUCUCUCUGGAGAGUCAGUGGCUGAUCAGCACAGGUCAUGAUAAAAGCCUCAGCUGGAUGAGCACUCAGAGCGGCUCUAUGCUGGGACGGCACAGCUUCGGCUCAUGGGCUUCCUGUUUACAAUAUGAUAAGGAUACCCAGCAUGCCUUUGUUGGAGAUCAUUCAGGUCAGAUCACUCUGUUGAAACUGGAUGAACAGAGCAGUUCUGUCAUUACUACACUAAAGGGACAUGAAGGUAGUGUUGGAGUGUUAUACUGGGAUCCGGUUCAGAAGUGGCUGUUCUCCGGAGCGUCUGAUCACAGUGUGAUCAUGUGGGACAUUGGUGGAAGACAGGGACGCGCAUUACUACUGCAGGGACACCAUGAGAAGGUCCAGGCGCUGCAGUAUCUUCCUCUGACCCAUCAGCUGGUGUCCUGCUCUUCUGAUGGAGGAAUAACCGUGUGGAACAUGGAGACCACACGAGAAGAGGCUCCUCAGUGGCUGGACAGUGACUCCUGUCAGAAAUGCAAACAGCCAUUUUUUUGGAAUGUAAAGCAGAUGUGGGACACCAAGACCUUGGGGCUCCGACAGCAUCACUGCAGGAAGUGUGGUAAGGCGAUCUGUGGGAAGUGUAGCUCUAAGCGCUCCACGUACCCCAUCAUGGGCUUUGAGUUCCAGGUGCGCAUGUGUGACGACUGCUACGACACAAUCAAAGAGGAAGAUCGGACUCCUCUGGCUACGUUUCAUGAAGGGAAACACAACAUCGCUCACAUGGACAUGGACCCGAGCCGAGGACUGAUGGUCACCUGUGGGAGUGAUCGAGUUAUUAAGAUCUGGGACAUGACGCAGGUGGUGGGCAGCAGUGUAGCGACGGGAUUCUCUGCUCGCUGAUUGGCUGUUUCUGAAGGCUCCGCCCACACUCCACCAACAGAGAUCAUGGAAGCGCUCACCUACCUGUCUUAACUCUCUCGUCCUUCAGCUGUGGAGUCAACGGACACUUCAUCACGGUGUGUGUGAAUAUGUGUGUGUCGUUGGGAUGCUCCUUGAUUUUAUGAAUCAGAUGUUCAUGUCUCUAAUGAGGUAUGAUGUCCUGGAUUUAAGCAAACAUGAACUCAAGGUUCUUCUGAAAGCACAACAUUUGCGCUCUUUCUCUCUCUCUCUGUGUGUGUGUGUGUGUGUGUGGUGCUUUGUCACAGACUGAAGGUUUCUGCCGUUUUGUAUUUCCUUUAUCCAGAAGUACCACUCGAACACAGGAAGUACUCCUUCAUCACAUCCUGUUUCUUCUUCAGCCAUCUUUCUUGUUUAGUAACCAGCUCUCUUGUUACCAUGGAAAUUAGUGUUCCAUAGUAACGAUGGAACAUUCCCGUACAAACUCAGCGUUUUCCCGCUAAAAAUGUCACUGCGACCAUACAGUGAAGUGAAGAUAGAGUUCAAACUAAGAGAUGGACAGGUUCAGGUCAGAUAGGCGAGGGACAUCCAUGGAGCAUAGUUAAUAGUGUUCAGUUGUAAAACACUAUUUAUAGCACUAAUUAUUGGUUUUCUGUGAUUUAGGGACAAAUUAUGGUAUGGAGGCUUGUUUCCGCCACGGGAUACAAUUUUUUAAAAAGCAACUUUUCAUCUCACAAUUCUGCUUUUUUUCUUGCAAUUGUGAGUUUGUCUCAGAAUUAUGUUUUCUGUUUCUGCCCCAACGUAAAAAAUGGUAAUUGUAACAUUUUAUCUAACAAUUCUGAUUUUUUUUUUUCUUGAAAAUUCCAAGAUAUAAACACGUAAAUUCUGAGUUUGCAUUAAUUCUGACUUUUUCUUUGAAUUAUAAAUCUACACCUCACAAUUGUUUUUUUCCCCUGCCAUUGAAUACAAAUGGUAAUUGUGACUUAUAUAUAAAAUUUCUUCAAAGAACUGCAAGAAAAAAGUCAGAAUUGUGAGAUUUUAAAUCAGUAUUGUACAGAAAAAAAAAUCUGAAUUUGUGAGUUAAAAAGUUGCAAUGACCUUUUUUCAUUCCGUUGUUGAAACAAACUUUUAUAUUAAAUGGAUGUUUAUCCCAAUAAUGGUCAGCAUUUGUUGAUGCUACUCUUUCCAUAAACAGGAAGUGAAUGAAGACCGAGGCUCCAACAAAGAAUCCUAAAAUUAGUAUUAGAAUAUCACAACUCUUCUGAAUCCAUAUAAUCACUUCUACAAACCAGAAUGGACAAAAAUGAAUAAUAAAGAUGGUCUUUAAGACCUGUGCGUGAUAUUAAUUGUGCUAUAUUCCAACACACAGUUUCUUCUCAUUAGCAUAAUAUAACGUGCCAGUUUGAAAUAUGUUUUGCUGAUGUCAAAGCUGACAAAUAGACGUUAGUCUGGGUAGUUCCGUAUUUAAUUUUCAUUUAUGACAAAUAAAUAAGAUAUAUAAAGCUGAUUGUCCAGUGGAAGAAAGGAAUUUCUGAGAACAAAACUUUGUGAAAAAAAACCUCCAUAAACAAGUUUUUGAAAGUUGUGAAAAUUACGAUCUAAGUGUGUAAGUCUGUCCCUCACAGAUUUAUUUAAUAUGGCACCUAACCUGACUAGGUUGGUAUAUGCAAAUUGAAAUUGACGCACAGCUCACAACUAACGUCAAAUUGGCCAAUGAGAAGAGAGAACUCUAACCUGUUUACAAACAUUAUAACUGACCAGCGCUGUUUGUUUUACUUUCGUUCUUUCUUUCUCUCAGUCGUUUUCCCUCGUUGAUUGUGUCUCCGAGUUCUCUGUUCCUUGCACUGAAUUGCACUGUGUGUGUGUGUGUGUGUGUGUGUGUGUGUGUGUUCCUGAUCUGAUGGUACAAUCGGCAUCUGUGCGAGUGUUUGCAUUAAAUGGCUUUUUUUGUUAAUUUCAAUAUACAUCCCAUUCUGAGCUUUGUAAGAUUUUGUAGCUGAUUUUCCUCAAAAUCCAAAAGGGUGUGAAUGUAAGAAGAGCUGUUGAAUGCAGUGAUCUGACAGAAAGCAGGUUUUCUAUGAUGUCGUUGUUGUGUGUGACAUCAUUUUUGUGUCGUUUAAUUUGAAAGAUACUGAUGACGAUUGUAAUUUCUCAUCAGGGAACUGAGGGAGUACUAUUUUCUUUGUUUCGUUCAUUCUUUUUCCUUCAUUUACCUUAAAAAAACGUGCUGCGAGUAAAGGGUGAAUCUCGCGAAAUUUGACUAGAAUGUUGUAAGAUUCAUCCCAAUUUACUUUUGAAUUAUUGCUCUUAUGUGUCUUAACAUCUGUUUUACUGAAACUGACACUUCAGGGAGUCACACCGGUUCAGUUUAACCUCCAUGUAAAAUCACACAAACUGUUUUCUUUAUCUUCAGGCGUUAAAAUAUUGUAAAGUUCAACAUGCUUCUAAUGAUCGAACCCUAAAACUGUAAAUAAUGACUUUGAGACCUGUUUUUCUAUGUGCUUUUUUCUAAAGCUUACUUUGUUUCGGUAGUUCAGUAAAGAAGUAUUAUUCUCUCUAUGUAUACAAAGUUGAGUUCAAACAUCUGUAUUUUUCAUAUAAAACUUCUGCCGCUAAUAUGAAACCUGAUGACUAGUUUCAGUCAGAUUGAACAAAAUAUUACAAUAAAGAUCUGAGCUGUAUCUCAUGCGAGAGAUAUAGUUAUUCUGGACAUUU